AUGAUUCUGUCAUCUUUGCUCAUUUAAUUGUCACAAUCAGUAGCUCGCUACAACACGGCGGUCGUUUCUCGUUCCCUAUCUAAAUAACUCUAGUACUUAGUGUGAUGACAAAAAUUGUAUCGAUACUCAUUAGAGUAGGCUGUAAGUGCAAUACCUUGUGUUUGGAUUUGUGACAAAAAUUUUGAAGCAACACCAUGGUGCACUCGAUCCCUAUCACAAACAUCUCCGUUGGAGUGGAUGGAGUAAUUCAUACGGUGCCCGAUGGAGAUGGCGCAUCAGACAAUGAGAGGAAGGGCAACGUCACGUACGGCAUCGACGACAUACCGCCCUGGUACCUCUGCAUCUUCAUGGCUUUACAGCACUACCUGACGAUGAUCGGCGCUAUAGUGGCGAUCCCGUUCAUCCUGUGCCCCGCGCUUUGCAUGUCGGAGACAGACCCCGACCGCUCCAACAUCAUAUCCACCAUGAUAUUUGUUACUGGCCUAAUAACAUGGCUCCAAGCAACAUUCGGCUGUCGACUGCCCAUCGUCCAGGGUGGGACCAUCUCCUUCUUGGUGCCUACCCUGGCGAUCUUGAACCUGCCGAUGUGGCAGUGUCCUCCGGCCGAGGAGAUAAACAGCAUGACGGAUGAGGAGCAGAAGAAGGUCUGGAUGAGCAGGAUGUGUGAACUGUCUGGAGCUAUUGCUGUGUCGGCGCUGUUCCAGGUGUUUCUUGGUUACUUCGGAGUGAUUGGUUCGCUGCUGCGCUUCGUGACUCCCCUGACUAUAGCCCCCACGGUGGCGCUGGUGGGGCUGACGCUGUUCGAGCAUGCAGCCGAGGCAGCUUCUCAGCAAUGGGGGAUAGCAGCCGGGACAUUCACACUGCUGACAAUCUUCUCUCAAUGCAUGACCAACGUCAGCAUACCCACCCUCACGUGGACGAGGGACAAGGGGAUCACUAUUGUUUGGUUUCCACUAUUCAAACUGUUCCCGGUAUUGCUAACGAUAGCAAUAAUGUGGGCGCUCUGUGCCAUACUGACGGUGACGGGCGUGUUCCCGCCGGACCACCCUGCCAGAACUGAUGUCAAGCUGAACAUCAUUGAGGAUGCACCAUGGUUCCGGGUGCCUUACCCUGGUCAAUGGGGAGUGCCGACGGUGAGUGUGGCAGGAGUGCUGGGCAUGCUGGCUGGAGUGUUGGCCUGCACUGUGGAGUCCAUCAGCUACUACCCCACCACGGCCAGGAUGUGUGCGGCCCCCCCACCUCCCCUCCACGCCAUCAACCGAGGCCUGGGCACUGAGGGUCUGGGCACAGUACUGGCUGGACUCUGGGGCUCAGGGAAUGGUACCAACACCUUCGGGGAGAACGUGGGAGCCAUUGGAGUCACUAAGGUAGGAUCUCGUCGCGUGGUGCAGUGGGCUGCAGGUCUGAUGAUAGUGCAGGGAGUGGUCGGCAAGCUGGGGGCCGUGUUCAUCAUCAUCCCGCAGCCCAUAGUCGGGGGCCUCUUCUGUGUCAUGUUCGGGAUGAUUUCUGCUUUCGGUCUAUCAGCGCUCCAGUACGUGAAUCUGAACAGCUCCCGGAACCUGUACAUAAUUGGGUUCAGCUUGUUCUUCCCGCUGGUGCUGACUCGAUGGAUGGCGGCACAUAGUGGCGUCAUACAGACCGGGGCGGAGGCACUGGACGCUGCGCUGCAAGUCUUGCUGUCUACUUCUAUACUGGUGGGAGGCCUCAUUGGAUGCUUCUUGGAUAAUGUUAUACCUGGUACGGAUGAGGAGCGAGGGUUAGCAGCUUGGGCCAAGGAGAUGAGUUUGGAUGCAGCAGGAGCAUCUGAAGAGGGAGAUACAUAUGACUUCCCUAUAGGAAUGGGACUUAUACGGAGGUGGAAAUGGACCCAGUAUCUACCAUUCAUGCCCACGUAUCAGGCUGGCAAGUUCACUGCGCUGUUCACGAAGAAAGAGAACUAAUGAUUACCAGGGUUCCAUAACUUUAGUGGUGGUUCUUGUAAUGUGGAAGUCGAUCUUAUUGCUUAUGUGAUAAGGUUGGACUUGACAUACGAUUGAAGUGAGUUCUUUCUUUUAAUGAAAAGAUUAAGUCAAAGGUGUCGUUUGUUCAACUUAGCAGAUUUUUAAAUAUUUGUUACGUAAGUCUUACUUAUAUUACUUGUACUUACUUAUAAGUAUUAUUAUAUUAGAAAAAAUGUACAUACAAUGAAUUAUAAUUGUAAAAUUAAAAAUCUAAGUUUAAAUAAAACCGUAACAAAAAGCAUUGUAA